UGGAUUACAUCCUGUUGUGAAAUAACUUUCGUUUCUAAAAAUAGACGACGGUUAUAAAAAGCUGAAAACGUCUGAGGAACGUUAUAGUUGAUGGGAAUAUAUUCACACUCACAUCAAUCAAUAAUCAGACAAACAUAAUGGAUUUUGGAUCAUCUUAUGUUUAUGUUUAUGAUGAACCAGAGUAUGAGGUGUUUUCUGCUGGUGAAUUUGAUGAAGGGAUGGAACUAAGUGACUCUGGAUCAAGUUCAGAAGAAGAAUGUGAUUCACAUGUUAGAAGAAAGAAACACACUUGGAGAAAUGUUUCAUCAAAGGAUAUAUAUGAUGCACCAGAACCAACUGUAUCAGGAAAAAGAGAGAGACGAGCUGAUACCAAUGUAGUCUGUAUUAAUUUCUCUAAGCUGAUAGCCCCUGGUCACAUGUUUACAGGGGAUCCUGUGUACUGCAAGGAUUGUAAAGCCAUACUGUCACAUGUUAGUAAAGUCACAAAGGCAGAACAGCAACAGGUAUGGACCUGUGAAUUUUGUGGAGCAUUAAAUGAAAUCCAUGUGAUGGAGGAGGAAAUACCUAAGGAAGAAGAUGUAACCUUUAUGUUAGAACCUGCUUUAUCUACAAAAACAGCUGGGCCAUCAGGAACAGACGAGUCUCUCGUCAUCUUCUGUAUUGAUAUAUCUAGUAGUAUGUCAGUUACUGCUGAGGUUCCUGGCAGUCUUGAUUGGAUAAAAAAGAGCUCUAAAAAUACUGGAAGAUAUAAUGAGCGUCGAGAUGUAACUCAGGUCUCCCGUUUACAAGCAGCACAGGCAGCUGUAGACCACCAGUUAGAAGAAAUGAUAAAGGAACAUCCAAACAGGAGAGUUGCUUUGAUAGCCUUUAGUAGUGAGGUUGUUAUUGUUGGUGAUGGAGGUCAAAGGCAGAUAAGAGUUCGGGGAGAAUCUCAACUCAACGAUCAACAUCAACUCCUCAAGUUUGGUAAAGACUUAAAAUUACCAGCAGCCAUUAAAGACACCAGAACACAGCUUGGGAAAGAAGUUUGGAGACUGGAAGAUGAAGGAUGUACAGCACUUGGUCCAGCUUUAUUAAUAGCUGUUGGUAUGGCAGGAAAAUGUUCCGGGUCAAAAGUCAUAGUCUGUACAGAUGGAAUGGCCAAUGAAGGAGUAGGAAGUGUGGAAACAUAUCGAAGAAGUCGAGAUGAAGGACAGAACAGUGAACAAUUCUAUGAAGAUGUAGCAAUGGAAGCUGCAAAACAAGGGACUAGUAUUUCUGUCAUCAGUUUUAGAGGAACAGAUUGUAAACUGGUUUACUUAGGAAAACUUGCAGAUAAAACAGAAGGCCAGGUGAAUAUUGUUGACCAUCAGAAGUUGACCGAUGAAUUUUCAAGUAUUUUGGCUGGGAACAUCAUAGCAACCAAUGUUGUAGCAACUUUUCUGCUUCACCAAAAAUUGUUUGUAGAUGAUGAACGUAAAAAAGAAAGCAAAGUUGUGAAGCAGAUUGGUAAUGUAACGGCUGACACUGAAUUUACAUUUGAAUAUGGAAUAAGGAUCAACGAACAGAGAGAUGAGGAAGUCACUGUUAUGGAAACUGUAAAUAAAGAGAAAAUGGUUUCCAUGGUAAUAGUAGAAAAAGAGAAAACUAUUUCCAUGGAAACUGAUAAGAAGCAAGAAGAGAAAACAGUGGAUGAUCAAUCACCUAAUGAAGCAAGUACUUCCUCAGAAAGUGGAAGGUCAAAGGUCAAAGUUGAGGUGCCUGACGAUUUACCUUUCCAGCUUCAGCUUAAAUACACGGACACAAAUGGAGCAACAGCUUUAAGGGUUUUUACACAGAUAAAACCUGCAACAAGGAACAGGAAAGAAGCUGAAGAAAGAACCAAUGUGGAAGUGAUUGGAGCUAAUGUACAGAAACAGAUAGGUUCCUUAGUGUUAGAUGGUUGUUAUACUGAGUCAAGAGUAAAAGCUUUGAUGAAUCAAAGACUAGUAUGGAGACAUAAAAAAAUUUCUAAGCAAAAAUGCCAGAAAAGGGAAGCAAGAAAAAAGUAUAGAAGCAUUUUCAAAAAUGUCUCUAAACUAGAACACAGAGUGAAGGCAGCUCAAAAGACAGAAAAAGCUACAAGAGGGAGAUGUUUGAGUGAAUCAGAAGGAUCAGAUGAUGAAGACAUGGGGAAGAGUAGAGGAAGGUCCAGAAGUAGAGAAAGAAGGACCAGAAAAAAGGCUUUAAGAGCAAAUGCAAUGUCAGAUGGUUUUUCCUCAGCUGUGUAUAAAGGCCGACAAUGCAGACAAAUAAGCAGGUCAAGAAGCAGAUCACCUGAUCGUAGGUCUAGAAGUAGAUCACUUGAUCGUAGGCAAAAACCUGUGCCAAGCAGUAGAUCACUUUAUUGUAGGCCAAGAAGUAGGUCAAGAAGCAGAUCACGUGAUAGUAGGUCUAGAAGCAGUUCACGUGAUAGUAGUUCUAGAAGCAGAUCCCCUGAUCGUUGGUCUAGAAGAAGAUCACCUGAUCGUAGGUCCAGAAGUAGGUCACCUGUCUACAUUGGGAAUUCGCCAGCCUACAGUGCAAGUACACAUGAUCGUAGGUCCAGAAUGAGGUCACCUAUCUACAUUGGGAAUUCACCAGCGUUCAGUGCAAGCCCAUCUCCUCCACAUGCUAAUUACCCUCUUUACAGAGCAAAUACGCCUGAUUUACCUUUGUACAACUCUCAAAAUUCUAGAUCCCUUAGCAGAUCACCAGAAAACACCAGACACAUGAACACUAGAUCAAAAGAGAAUAGGCAAAGAUUGAGAUCAAGAUCGCCACCAAACGGACACAGCGAAAGGUCACCAUAUAAACAAAGUAGUAGGCCUGCAAGUUGAAGUACUUCUAAUGAUUCAGAUUAAAGUGUUACUAAGAUUGCUGAGUAAAUAAUCUAUGAAAAUCAAAAUAUGUUCAAGUGUAUUUAUACAGCCUUGUAUUUUAAAAGUUUAAGUUUCAGUAUUCCCGGUAAAGACAAAUCCGUCGAAAACAUUUGUAAAUAGUCCUUUGAUAUAAACUUGUUACAAUGGUUAUCAGAAUUUCCAUAAACGGAGUUCAGAUGUUUUAUCCUCUUGGCUUCAUAACUUUUAUCAGUGGGCACCAUGAGUGAACUGUUUGCUUAUGGUAAUCCCAUAUACAGGCUUUAUUAGGUCAAAAUGACACAUCUGAUAGAUAAUUUGAUUGUUUUUAUUUAUACACAUGCAUGGUUGUGUUUAAAUGUAUAAUAAAAAGAUGGCGAGAAAACACAGCAUCGAAUUGAUUUUAGAACAUUGCAUGAAUAUUUAAAAAGAGAGCUGCAGAGCUGACUAUUCAUAUUUUUUAAAGAUUAUCUAAUAUAAUGGCCAAAACAACCCUGUACAUAUAUAUGUUUUUGGUCUUUUUAUCACUAUCUGUAUGACAACCAGGAGAUAAAGAGCUGGGGAAAAAAUUGCACUAAAGAUUGAAUAGAUAUACAGCACAUACUAAACUGAAUGUUUUUUUUAACUGUUGUACAUAUCUCUUUUGCAUUUUGUAUAUUUGUGUUGUGAAUAAAGACUGGUUAUGAAUUAUUUCU